UCAGCUCUCAGUACUGCCUGGUGUCCACACAACUCUUCUCUACUCCUCAAAACAAAUGCCUCUUCUUAACUGAGUCAUCUCCCAGUUUCAUCAUAAAGCCACAGCAAGAAGCAGCCUGACACUUCAGAGAAGAAUGCCCUUUGGAGGAGGAAAUAAAUGUGGCUGCUGCCAGAAAACGGUCUACUUUGCUGAGGAGGUGCAGUGUGAAGGGAAGAGCUGGCAUAAAUCCUGUUUUCUGUGCAUGGUUUGCAAGAAAAACCUAGACAGCACAACCGUGGCUGUUCAUGCAGAUGAGAUCUACUGCAAAUCCUGCUAUGGCAAGAAGUAUGGUCCAAAAGGCUACGGCUAUGGAGGGGGAGCAGGAACGCUGAAUAUGGACACAGGAGAAGGCCUUGGAAUCAAGCCUGAAGUACAAGCUCCUCACCGUCCAACAAGUAACCCCAACGCCUCCAAGUUUGCCCAGAAAGCAGCCGGCUCGGAUGUCUGUCCUCGAUGUGGGAAGACAGUGUAUGCAGCAGAGAAGGUAGUCGGAGGAGGAAAUUCAUGGCACAAAGGCUGCUUCCGUUGCGCCAAAUGUGGUAAAGGCCUGGAGUCCACGACUCUUGCUGACAGGGAUGGAGAGAUCUACUGCAAAGGUUGCUAUGCAAAGAACUUUGGUCCCAAGGGCUUUGGCUUUGGUCAGGGAGCUGGAGCUCUGGCUCAUUCUCAGUGAAGGCUGAGGCCUGAGCCCAUGUGGGACUGGCAUCUGGUGCUAUCACAGCUUCCAGGCUCUUUAAGGCAACAUCUGACCUUUCCUUCUAGCCACAGGCACAGCAAUGCUUAAAAACAUGCAGCUUUUGUCAGACUGGUGUGAUGCUUUAAAGCCUGGUGUGCAAAUGCAAAACAGUUAAGCACUUACAUGUUAUUGUAUUUGCAUGACCACGUUGUCUUUAUUUCUUGAGUAAUAAACCUAGUUUAAAAGGUCUGCUCUUAAUUACAGUACAUGAGAUUUCCAGGAAAGCAAAAGCACAAUUUGUUUAAUGUCUAAAAAUACAAAAGAUAGUUCAAUAUUAUUUUGUAGAAACUUCAUAAACAGCCCUAAAUAAAGCUUUAUGCUAAUGCUCAUCUUAAAUCCCUCCCAUUGCCCUAAAUUUUAAAUGUUGUACAUAUUAUCUCUUUCAAACACCAGAAAAGUACAUGAUUCUGUCUCUGUUGAAAUGCUAAGACUGACAUCUUUACCCACCUGUGAUUUAUUUUUAUUAAAUGGUUCUGAAAUCAUA